UUGCGGGACGCAGCGCGCCGGCGCGCCGAGGGCCGUGUCUCCCGAGUUCCUUCUCGGUCCGUGGCUGCGGUCGGUCCUCCCGAUGAUCACGCGGAAAGAAUGAUGGUCUUCCCCUGCGGCCUGCAGCCUGCCGCCCGCAACUGUCUUCUGACCCGGUUCAGCUCGGUGGCCGACCGGAGCAAAUGGACCUCACUGGCAGUGACUUCCGCUGGCUGUGGUCUGCGGCAGCCCUUCCAGCCCGUCAAACAGGCCCGGGGACUGUUCUCCGCCAGCCAGUGGGAUUUGGUGACCUUCCUGCCUAGAAACUGUCAUUUCUACAGGCCUCAUCAUGACAGCAGAGCAGGAUGUCUCUCAAGUGCCCACAGUAAGGAACUGUGCUGGAGCGCCCAGAAAUGCACUGGGCGGCUCGACUCUUCCCCAAGACGGGAACCGAUCCGAGCGGCGGCCGCUCUCCCUGCGCUCCGAGCCAGGAGUCUGCGCACGUCUGCGCGGGCUCACGCCGCCCCUGUCCCUCUCCUGCUGAUGGUUCUGAAACCGGUGCAGAAGCUCCUGGCCAUCAUUGUGGGCAGGGGCAUCCGGAAGUGGUGGCAGGCGCUUCCUCCUAACAAGAAGGAGCUGUUGAAGGAGAGCCUGAGGCAGAAGCGGAGGCAGUGGUCGCUGGCCCUGGGCGGCUUUGCGCUGCUCUUUGUGAUGUUCUAUUUCACCCACCUGGAGGAGAGCCCGGUCACUGGGAGGCGGAAGCUGCUGCUGCUGGGCAAAGAGCACUGCAGGCUGCUGUCCGAGCUGGAGUAUGACCUCUGGAUGGAGAAAUUUAAAAACGAUCUGCUGGCUGAAAAAGAUCCCCGAUGCCUGACUGUUAAAGAGGUAGUGGAUCAUCUAGUUGUGUGUAAUGGCGACAUCCCAGGGAUCUCCGAGAUCAACUGGGUUAUUCAUGUGGUGGAUUCCCCUGAUAUAAAUGCCUUUGUACUUCCGAAUGGACAGGUCUUUGUCUUCACUGGGCUUUUGGAGAGCGUGACGGAUGUGCACCAGCUCUCCUUCCUCCUGGGCCACGAGAUCGCGCACGCGGUGCUGGGCCAUGCCGCAGAGAAGGCCAGCUUGGUUCAUUUGCUGGAUUUCCUUGGCAUGAUUUUUCUCACAAUGAUUUGGGCCAUUUGUCCACGAGAUAGUUUGGCAAUUUUGGGCCAGUGGAUACAGUCCAAGUUACAGGAGUAUAUGUUUGACAGACCGUACAGUAGAACCCUGGAGGCCGAGGCUGACAAGGUCGGACUGCAGCUUGCCGCAAAGGCAUGUGUGGAUGUAAGAGCCAGCUCCGUGUUUUGGCAGCAGAUGGAGUUUGCAGAGAACCUGGGUGGUCAGCCCACACUGCCAGAGUGGUUCUCGACACAUCCUUCCCAUGGAAACCGAGCAGAGCAUCUGGACAGGCUCAUCCCACAGGCUCUCAAAGUCAGAGAGAGCUGUAACUGCCCACCACUUUCUGGACCAGACCCUCGGCUGCUGUUCAAACUCAGCAUGAAGCACGUUCUCGAGGAGUCAGAGAAAGGAUGCGUAGGCGGCGGCGGGAAGACGGCGGUCGACCCUCUGCCCACGCAGUGGCCGGCGCCGGCGCAGAUCCCCCUGACGCUCAUCGUGGAGAAAAGAGCCGGCCGUUGAACGAGCGUUUACGAGACUCCGGCUGCGUAAGGGACACAUCAUUUGUAGUCUCCCUUUAAGAAAGUUUGAAAUUUGAAAAAAAGACAACGAGGUUAAAUCAUGUGCAUGGCAGAUAAUUAAGUUCUUGUAGGUUUUUAUUUUUCAUGAAAUAAUUGCCAUAUUUUAAUCUAUUUUAAAAUAUCAGUGAGAAAAAUAUCAGAGAAUAAAUUUUCACUCUCCGUUUUUCUGUCUCCCUCGUACUUGCCUUGGAUUUGAGAGGCCGCCGCCUACCUGAUGAAUCUUCUGAGGUUCUGCCGGGUCCACCCGUGUUCUGGAAAUGCAGGGGCUUGUGCGGUGGGGACCGGCAGUCUGGGCUCAUCUGUGAGCAGAACAUGGUCUGCGCUGCGGUGGGAUUAUGUGGAAAAGGACCCCAGUGGAGAGUCGCCGGUUUUCGCCUGUGGAUGACGGGAGGGGCAGCUGCAGGCAGAGGGAGAGGAAGCCGUUUCCAUGGGGACGCGCAAGGACCGCUGCUGUGGUCCAGGUGACCCAGUGAGCAGCGCCGGGUGCAGGGUCGUCAUCAGGCCUGGGCAGCGUUUCCGGGAAGUCUGACCAGUGUGGCUCCACAGCGGCUUACAGUUUAAGGUCCUCCGGAAGAGCAGCACUGGCUCCCAAGGGCCCCUCCCAGGACGCAGGAGCGGGUGCUGUCCCGGACAAGCAGAUGACCACGAGGUACCGGCAGAGACGACGAGAGAUGCUCAAGACACACCAUCAGCGGGGCCAGGCUGGUCCGCACAAGUGUGUUUUAAAAUACGGGUUAUCGUUCAUCCAAUCCUGAAAGAGAAACUGGACACGUGAGGGGGUGUAAACGAGAAGUCUUCCUUCAUCACUCCCCAUCUUGUUUCUCGAGACAGCGUCUCUCACUAGCUGGAGCUCACUGGCCAGGGUCCAGGGCCAGCCAGGAAGUCCAGGGAUCGCCCAUCUCUGUCCCAGCCCUGGGAUGACAGGCACAGGUGCCCAGUGGGUGCCGGUGAUGCAACGCGCUCAGCUCUUGAGCGUUGUGUGGCAAGCACUUCACUUCUCGUGCCAUAUCCCCAGCCCCUGUUUGUUCAGCACCCAGGCUGGCGAAGGCCGGUGCUACUUAGGUCACGCUUGCUUAUUUAGAAGAGGGACGUUUUUCUUGAAAUACAUAAUGAGAACUUUCUUAGUGAAUUGAAAGUGAACGGAAUUACUUCCUGCUGAGUAACUACUAUGAGCUGAGCCCUAUUUGACUUAUUUCUAAGAGGAACAUUUUUCUUGAAAUAUAUAAUGAAUCCCUUCUUAGUGAAUGAAAUUACUUCUUGCUGAGUAACUGUGAGCUGACCCCUAAUUUUAUUUCACUCACUCCACAUCCCUGUGGGGGUGGAGAGGUUUACUACCACACCCAAUUUCUUCUCUCCUAGAAAGAGCAAAACUGGCUGGGCAUGGUGGUAUGCACCGUUAAUCCCGGCCCUUCAGAGGCCCAGGUAGGAGGAUCGCUGUCCUGAGACUGCACAGUGAAUUCCAGGUCAGCCUGGGCUAAUGCGAGACCCUACUGCGAAAAACAGAACAAGACAGAGCAAAACUGAUGACCAGCCUGCGUUUGCACGGCUCCCGGGAAGCCAGGACUAACGGCCGAUGGCCAGGCGCACGCUGCGGCUGCCCGGCAGUUGCUUAUUAGCUCGCGGUGGGCCGCAGCACAGGACCCCGCGCACAAGCCCCGGGCCAGACAUGCUUACAGAGCAGUGAGCGGAGCGGAGCAGGCCACCCUUCCCGAAGGACCAUGGAGUCUUGCGUCUCCUGCUUAGACGGCACGUUUGCCUCGUUGUCAAGAAGACAAAUCUGGGGCCUGCUUAUGCUCCCCAGAGCUUAUGUUAGACUGUGAAUACGGGAUCUCUUGAUCUGCAUACAACACAACACUUGUCAGGGAGAAUUUCCCAGUCACUGCUCUCCACAGUGUUCCUUACUUACCCUCCUGGUGACCGUAGUUUUGUGGCAAGCACUCCAUAGCAUGUAAAGCCAUUAAGAGAGUGUCAUGAAGAGGAAAACUAUAAAAUACACUGAUGUUCCUGAAGGUUUCUAGAGAAAAUAGUCCAAUAGAUGAAAGUCUAACCAUAGUUUUGUAGGACUGAUGGUGGAUCAGUCAUUCUGUAUUUAAGAAUACAUUUGCUGGGGAAACUCGUUCUUACACAGAAACAAAUUGAAUUUAAUUCCCUUCAUAGUUAUUCCCCUUUGGAUGGUACUACAGAGAAGCAACACAAAAUUGCCAGUCUUUUCUCUUGGGGGAGCGAGCUAAGGACACGUAUUCUGUCUAGUGCCCAGGGUCACUGAUUUUUGUUUGUGUGUUUUUGGUUUUUUGAGGUAGGGUCUCACUCUAGCUCAGGCUGACCUGGAAUUCACUAUGGAGUCUCAGGGUGGCCUCGAACUCACGGCGAUCCUCCUACCUCUGCCUCCCGAGUGCUGGGAUUAAAGGCGUGCGCCACCACGCUCAGCUGGGUCGCUGAUGUUUUAAGCGCAGCCCCUGCUUGUUUGCUCGGUAUACAGAGAGCCGCUCUUCAGCGCAGUCCCGCCUCUGUGCCUUGUCACGUUCUCUGAGACGACGUCUCACGGUCCCUGAGGCAGACAUGGAACUUCCUUUGUAGCCCCGGCUGACUUCAAACUCAUGAUCCUCCUGCCUUAGCCCCACCCCCCAGGUGCAUCACCACACCUGUCCCCAAGCUGAUUUGUACCUGUGGUGAUGCCCCUGGUCUGGAGAGUGCUCUGAGCUUCCAGCAUUUUCCACAUUCUGAUGCUUAAAACUAGAGGGAGUUAGACCCACCUUCUGAGAUAACCAACCCAUUCAAUAAUCAGGGUAAGGCCUUACCAGCAUAUCCUUGAAUUCACAGCACCCCCCGUACCCCCGCCCCGCCUGCUAGUCUUCUCCAUUUAUGGGUAAGAAAGUGGAAACUCAAGGAGACCAGUACCAGACCAGUGCCACAGCCCAGAUCUGAGAAUCAAAAGCUUUAAUCUUUAAUUGUCUUUAAUGCACUUUCCCUUACACAGAAAAUAAAAGCAACUGGCUGGUUAGGCCAGGAAACAUU